CCAAUUCGGUUAGCAUAGUGCCCUCUACGAAGGAAUCUAUGCACUCUACCGACUGGAAAUUGAAGUCCAGCUCUUGAGGAUCUUGUCUUGGCUUUAGCCUUAGCUUUUCCACCUUUUCCACGUCCAGACAUAACUGCGAUUUGAUUUGUAAGUUAAUACAAAAACGUACGAAUAUUUAACGUAAGUGUUAACGAAAUAAACUUUACUCGUUUUUUCAUCAUAAAAAUAGGAUCGAAAUCAUGUUUUUUUAACCAAUCAUAAUUAAGUAUUAAACAAAAGAUUUUUUUUUUAACCAAUUAAAUUGCGUAUCGGCGUUUUCGGAUCGAAUUCGAUCCGAUUUUUUUACUUAUAAACAAAAAGUUUUGACUUGCAGUUUAAUGCUUAUUUACAAGUUAAGUAGCAAAAAUUUUUAACCAUGUCUGACGCAGCAGCUAAAGGAGGAAAACAGGCACCUAAAGUAGCCAAGAAAGGUGAAAAAAGAGCCGGCAAAAAAGGAGGAAAGAUUGGUGGAACUGGUGAAAAGAAACGCAAGAGAAAGAGAAAGGAAAGUUAUGCUAUUUACAUCUACAAUGUUUUGAAACAAGUUCACCCAGAUGUCGGAGUUUCAAGCAAAGCUAUGAGCAUCAUGAACUCAUUUUUCAACGACAUCUUUGAGCGCAUUGCUUCCGAAGCUUCGCGUUUGGCUCUUCAAAACAAAAAGUCGACCAUCUCUUCUCGUGAAAUUCAAACCGCAGUACGUCUUCUCUUGCCUGGAGAACUUGCAAAACACGCAGUCAGUGAAGGAACAAAAGCCGUCACAAAAUACACAAGCAGCAAGUAAACCAACGUCUACCAAACACAAACGGUCUUUUUUAAGACCACACAUCUUUAAAAAAACAUUUACUUGGCGUCACUACAAGUUAACCGAAGUUAAUAAAACUUCUAAAUAAUGUGCUUAAGAACACUAGCCUACAUUUAAAAUACUUCCCCAUGUGUGUGUGGAUUAGCUUCACUUUUCAUACGUAUUAUUAGCUGUACUU